AUGACUAUAAAAGCAGCUAACUGGAAAUGGUUUAAUCAUAUUCAGUUCACAACUGCAAGUAAUCAAAUACCUCUUCACAAAAUGUUCAAAUUCACCGUUGUUGUCUUAGCUCUUGUUGCCUCCGCUGCUGCCAAGCCCGGUUUACUUGCUCCAUUAGCUGCUGCCCCAUUAGCAGCUGCUCCUUUGGCCUAUUCAGCUCCAUUGGCUUACUCUGCCCCAUUAGCCUAUGCAACACCUUUCUCAUACAAUGCACCACUUUUGGCUUCGGAAGGAAGUAGCCGUAUUGAUAUCCAGAAUAAUUAUGGUUAUGCUGCUCCUUUGAGCUAUGCUGCUCCACUUAGUUACGCUGCAGCAGCUCCAUUGGCUUACAGUGCACCAAUUGCUAAAGUAGCAGCUCCAGUGCUUUUGUAAAUUUUGAUGACGAUUACGAAAUAAA